ACAUCCAUCCAUCCAUCCGUCUCCUCUUCACCCAGCCAUCCCAAUAUUCGAUCCGCUCUGCAGACCUGAAAACCUCCCUGUCCACUCCGAAUCCGCGGGCAUCCCGCUUGCAAGCCUGGAACAUCUGUUGCCAGAGAGAGACAAAACUAAGUCCACCCUUACCCUCUUCCUCUCUCCCUCCCAGCCAUCCCAAUAAUCCAGCCCGCAUCAAACCACUUCUUCCCGACCCGACCUUGAAGAUCCAACCCGCACUCGUUCAUUCACUUCAACACUUCCCACUCACACACUCCUCCUGCCUGCCGUCUUUCCCGUCCUUCAUUCCCGACGACAGCAUCGAACUGGAAGUUUGUUUUCGUGUCUGACAACAAUCGUUAAGUCCUCUCUCUAAUCGCAGGCCCGACACCGUCCCGCAUUCCUCGCGGUGUUCUCCAGCAAUCCACCCCAUCCGAACCAGCAAGCCUUAUCGCUUCGUUCCUCCCUAUUCAGAGCGACCAAAAACAAGACACAUUCCCACGAGCCUCGCAUUCCUCAACGCGCGCAUCUUUCUCGUCAGCCAUAAGGAAAAACACGGCGCGUGCCAGCGCUGAGAGUGCCAGGACUAGAACCCCUCCGUCGCUCCGCUACAACGGAGGACGGCGUGGGCCAAUCAACUACCAAUUAGCCCAUCUCUUGGGAAAGGUGUGGACGAGUAAGAAGAUACAAUCAACAUGUCGAAAUUCCAAGUAGGCUGGUAUCGGUUCGUGCCGUUCCUGGGAUACCACCAUGUCUUGAUGAUCUUGAUAGCCGUCGCCAUCAUCCUUCUAUCUCUACUGUUGGCAGGUUGCUCUUCAUCAUCACCUUUGAUACCCGAUAUUUUCCUUCUGUCACUGUACUAUGACAGAUACACGGCAGUACCGUCCACGGCGCAAGUCGACUAUAAUGUCCACACGGCCAUCGAGAACAUCGCUGGUGACGCCCGUCUUGCUUGCCGUGUCGGCUACUUUGGCAUCUGCAUCAGCCCAGAUGGAGGCAGCUGGCUUUGCAGCAACAACGCUACCGCGCUUGCCAAUGAGGUGUCCGUUGAUCAGGACCCCCUCAACCUGAUUUGGCUCGCCGCCCAAUUCAAGGAUAUGAUCGUGUUCCCCUACCUCAUCAUCAUUGCCAUCAUCUUUGCCUUCGUCUGCUUCCUCUUGCUCGCCACAUUCCCUGGCUGGCACGAGGAGGAGGACUCCGAAGGUUCUGACCGCGAAGUCAAGCCGUUCCCCUCGAGACCCGUUUCCCAGAUCUCACUGGCAAUCAUCUUCAUCGCCUCCAUCUUCAUUCUCGUCUCUGUGUUAUGGCAACACACCGCUUCGGUUGCCGCGGCUAUCAUCGCUCAAGAUUUCGGAAACGGCGCUGUCCGCUCCGGUGUCGGUACUUCCGCCAUGGUCCUCGGUUGGUUCAGCUUCACCCUUCUCAUCAUCGUCACCAUCGGUCUAUUGGUCAUGAUCUUGAGUAUCCGCGUCCUGAGCCAAAUGGUCGACUAAGCCCAAGCGCAUCAUUCGAGCCGGGCACGAGGCGACACAUGUGUAGAAGAUGGGUCCGAAGUCCCAAGCAAGAGAGUAUGGGACCUUGUACAUGGAGGGAGUUUUCGGGGAGGGCACUUUUCAAGCCCUCUUCCCAUCAGCACAUUCAUCAUCCAGCACAACAAAAGACCAUCAGCAUCAGGGAAAACGGCGUUUUAUAUUGCGAUCAUGUUUUACUUUCCUUCAAUUUUUGUCUCCUGACUUUUUUCUACUUUGGGUUGGCAAGGGGCGGGGCGAUACACCAAAGCAGCACUCCACCCCCGGCUAUUUUUAAUGUUGUUUGCUCUCAGACAAUUGAGAGCGAGGAUGAACGAUAGACGAGCAGCAGCAGGCCCUCUUUUUCUUCCAAACGAAAAAAAGGAAGAGACUGGAUAUAUCCAUGCCGAGCCAGAAGAGGUCGGCCGGCAUGAAGGGACAUGGAGGAAACGACGUCAGACGCAAGGGAAUACGGGAAAUAGGAAAUGUGUAAGGGUAUGUCAUGACACGCACCAUGACGGAAAGAGUCUCCGAAGCCAGACGAAAGGCGACGAUGAGACGAGUUAAGGAUAUGAAAUUGAACAUGAUAAAGAAUCAAACAGGCCCUUCGGUCUCGGCCUUGCAAGCUUCGUUCUCGUGAUGUGGUGCAUACAUACAGUGAGAGGAAUUAGGGCGUUGGGCAAGGAUCAGAACAGGCCCACCGAUUGGCAAGACGUUGAAGAACACAAGGACAAUAGACGAGACGAUUGGCUAGCAGUGCGUCCAUUGGUGGCAUUCGUACUCAGGACCAACCGUAUAGAUGAUCCCUUUCUUCCAAUUCUAUACAAUGAAAACCCCCCAACUCAGUACCAACCAAGCAAGGCCAACUUGAAAAGGACGCCGCAACGCCAUGGUGACCACCACCCCGUGAUAUCUUAUGCAGAACUUCAUGCUCUCCGUAUCUGCCUCUUGUCUCUCUCCCUGUAGCUGCCACACAUGCUCACACACGGACAACCCGUGAAAACAAGCGCGCACUCAAUUCUUCUCUCUUUA